AUGGACCCUCAAACUGAAAAGGAUCAUUUGGAAGAAGGAGAAAUAGAAGGUGGAGGUGAUGGAAAACCUCCUUACAAGCCCGAUUAUCAGUAUUCGAGAGAAGAAUUACUGAAAUAUUCGGAUCACCCUCUGUCCCGUCAAAGGCCGAUAAUAAACGAUCCAAACAUUUUCAAUCUUUAUUGUUGGCUAAAAUCUGGGGGUUGGAACAAUUGUAAACGUUCCGAUACUCCCACGGACAGGGGUGAUGAUUCCUAUAAGGUUCGAAAAAUUUUCCCUAAACCCUGUCAGAAACGAGUUCGAAAAGAACAAGACGGAAUCGUUCUUAGUCCUCAAAGGCGAAGUUUCAAUUCCGGUUGUUUUGUAACGGUCGCUCCUAAUUCUGUUGUUCGUCCUCCUGCGGAAUCCACAAAAGAGGGCCCCGUAAGACGAAUAGGAAGUGGACGAAUAAUCAAUCGCGAUUGGGAGUAUCGAGAUAAGGAAAAUGCAGAUGAUGGAGAAGUGGUGCGUGAUGUGUCUCGCGAAUCUCUUUCCCGAGAUAAAGACAUAAGAUCGGAUCCGAGGGUUAGAGAUCGCGACCGAUUGUUGCCAAGAUAUUCCAUCGAUAGAAGGAGAUUUGAGGCCGAAGAACCUGAAUGGUUUUCGGGUGGUCCAACAUCUCAACACGACACUGUUGAAUUGAGGGGCUUCGAUGAUAGCGGGGAAGACUCGAAAUCGAACACGGGGAGUCGAAAAAGCUCCGCUGAAGAAAUUUCAGUUUCUAGAAAUGGAAAUAAAAAAUCGGAUAAAGAAAUCGAAUCGGAGAUGCCGACGGCAAGUUCGUCGCCGAAAGCGGAUCAGUUAGAACCGCAAAAAACCGAAGGGGAAAAUUCAAGCGCGGAAAAUACGGAAAGGACGGGUAACCACGAUUUCCUCAAUCUGGAAGAUUUUUUACAAUUGGAUAAUUUGCCUUUGCUCACGAAUGGUGGGGGAGGCGAAGGAAAUCAAUCGAGUUCGAGAUUUUCUCAAUGGUUUCGUCGAGAUUCCCCAUCGGAUGUCAAUGAUACGAGACGAUCUUCCAUUCAAGACGAACUUAUUAAGAAUAUUAUUAACGAUAUCAGCGAACCUUCAAUCAACAUUCCAAACGCGAAAGAAUCGGAUGCCUAUUUUGCGCCCAUUUCACCUGCCGGUACAACUUCAGGUAAUUCAUUGUUAGAAUUACUACAGAACAGUCAUGCGAAAAGUGAACAUCACAGCAAAGCUCCAUCGAUAAAAGAUUUAGAGGCUAGCGGAAAAGUUACCAGUGUUGAAGAAUUAGAAGCUAGGAUGCGUCAGGGUGCAGGGCAAAGUUCAACUAGUCAAAUAUCUCAAACUCAAACGAAAAAACCGAUUUCGUCUAAUAGAAAAGAAGAGGAGCUCAUUGCUUUUAAAAAACUGUUAAAGCAGGUUGCCGAGGGAGGAGUGACAACGGCCAACGAUCAAUUCAAUCGUUCUCCCGCUUCCUGCUUAUUAUAUCAGAUGUUGAAUAAGCCACCGGAACCUUCGGAUAUGAUGGGACAAGCUCAUCAACCUGCUACUGUACCUUCAAUGCACGUGCCACAGGAUCUUGUAUAUAAAUUGCUUCACCAACAACGUCAGGUUCAACAACAGCAAGAAUUUAAUAAAUUACUGUUUUCAAGCGGACGUCUAGCUCCCCCUCACGUUUCCGGAACUCUUUCUCCUUUGCCGCCUGAUUUGCAAAUGAAGGUGGCCAAUUCUCAGCCUUCGGCCGAAUUGCUUUCUAGACCCGAAGCUCAAGCAAUUCUGCAAGGAUUACGUCAGGGAGAGAUAACUCCUCAACAUUUGAUUCAACAAUUGCAAAAUCCAGCAAUGCAACCGCGACAUCGCGAAGUUUUAGCGUCUAUUUUAAAACUUCACGGAAGUUCUCCUCGUCCCGCAAGUCCAUUAAUGGUCUCUCCAGAUCCUACUUUAAUUCAGCAAUUAAUGCUUCAACAACAGCUGAGAAAUCCAAGUCCGAUGCCUCCAAUGCCUAACGGUUUGCCACAUAGAGUACCGUCCCCUCGCGAACUCAUGCUUCAUACUCAAACAAUUAUGCAGUCAGCUCUUAUAAAAAAAAAACUCGAAGAGCAAAGAGAAAAUUUUAGAAAACGUCAAGAAUUACAAAGAGCCGCUUCACCCAACGUGGUUGUCGGUGCGAAAUCACCAAAUCCUCCGACCUCAUCCGUUAAUAAUUCAAAUCUCACGAAUACUUCGUCAUUGAGCAACCUGAGUAACAUCAACAACAAUAACAAUAACUGCGACAAUAAGGGUAUCAUGAGUACAAGCAAUGGAAACGUUGGAGGAGGUACCACCGUCGGUAACAGUACCAACUCGUCGAUGGGUGGUGGAAACGUUCCGUGUUCGCCCGCGACGUCCACUUCGACGACAACGACGAGAACGAGCGUGAGCGCGACGACGAAGUCGUCUCCCACUCCCCUCGCAUUCACGCCUACCUCGGUCCUUCGUAAAAUGACUGCCGAUCAACAGCCUCAAAUCAAGGAUGGAGACGGUAACAAAUUGAAUAAAUACAACGAGUUAUUUCAGGCUAAAUUGCAGCGUCAAAACGAGUUGUUCAAAGCGACGCAAUCUAGCCGAUUCUUAGCAAAUAAUCAGUUAUUGGGACUGAGAAAUUCUCAGCAGCAACAAUGGUCGGUUCAAAAGCAACCCAUACAACAGCAACCGAUUCAACAAGGUCGGGCUAUCGUGAAGGGGAGCAGCAGCUAUACCCCUGCUCCACCUAUAGGUCCAGGAUUGGUCGAUCCGAUAACACAAUACGGAAACAACGGUCGAGGGGUUUUUCCGCAAAGGUCCAAAUGGACAAUGCCGAACGUUACUCCGUUAGUUCAACCCAAUCUAUAUAAUAAUUUCCCAACACCCACAAAUCGAGUUCCUCAAAAUCGAGGAAAAGCCAGCAUGCACGGUGCCAUUCGUAAUUCCUUUCCUCAAUUCAUGCCUCCAAAUGGCGGAGAUGGAGAUUUAUCGACAUCUCCAACGGGUUCGAAUCAAUUGGCCCACUGGUUCACACCCGAACUAUUGGCCCAAGCUCAGGCCCAAACGAAAAAUGGAAAAUCCGAUUCGACGGUAAACAUGGUGAGCGUUGAAGAGUUGGAAAGAAUUCAGCAAAAUUCAGCUCCCGUUAUUAAUUAA